CUUGGCUCAUCCGGUCUGCUGCGGGAAGGGCGGAGAGAGAGAGAGAGAGAGACCCACAGUGAGACCGAACGCCCAGCUGUGCCUCAAAAUGUCGAAGGCGGUGAGAAAAAUUCUGGAUGAGUCUCGGGAGAGUGGAAAUCCUGAACUGGAGCUGCAAGACAAGCAGAUCACGUCACUGGAGGAGCUGCCUGGCCUGUUACUGAUGGAGCACGUGACCAGGCUGUCGCUGCCACACAACCGGCUCACCACCAUCCCGCCCUCCAUCGCCAACCUGGUCAACCUGGAGAUACUUAACCUGUUCAACAAUGCUAUAGAGGAACUGCCCACCUCCAUCUCCUCCCUCAACAAACUCAGGAUUCUCAAUGUUGGGAUGAACCGCCUGGAUGCCCUGCCAAGAGGGUUUGGCUCCUUCCCGGUGCUUGAAGUCCUAGACAUCACUUACAACAACAUCUCGGAGGAGGAGAGUCUGCCGGGGAACUUCUUCAUGCUGGAAUCUCUCCGGGCUCUGUACAUGGGAGACAAUGACUUUGAGGUUCUCUCUCCUCUCAUCAAGAAUCUGAAGAACCUCCAGAUUCUCAGUCUCCGUGACAAUGACCUCAUCAUUCUGCCCAGAGAGAUUGGAGAGCUGACCAGACUGAGGGAGCUUCACCUGCAGGGCAACAGGCUGGAACUGCUGCCCCCAGAGAUCAGCAACCUUGACUUGAUGAGCCAGCGUAGUGUUCUCCGCCUUGAGUGUAACCCCUGGCAGCAGAUCAUUGCUGACCAGCUGCUGCUUGGCACCUCACAUGUCCUGGACAUGCUGAAAAAUGACUCCUACAAGUUCCUAUACCAGCGCUACCUCUCCACCGGGUCACAGCCUCCACCCAAGAACUUUGAAGCCAAGAACCGCAAGAUUUCAAGGAAGAGGGAGGUUGCCUAAGGAGGAGGAGGAGAAGAGGACUGGCAAGAUUGGAAAUAGGGUAACCAACAACUGCAAGAUUUAUAAGGAAUGUUUUGUGGGAGAAGAAUUUUAUGGUUGAGAAUUGCAAGAUUUGUACAGAGAUUUAUAGCAUGAUUCCUAGUAAGUGUAUGCAAGGAAUAAAACAUUUAUGAGGAAUUGAAUGUGGGGAGAAGACAUUUUGAGGAUGAAAACUGUGAGAUUUGUUGGAAAUAGGAAGAGGACUGGAAGAUAUCUGGAAACAUACCAGAAAUGCAACAUUAUAGAAAAAAGUGAAGAGAAAGAAAUUUUUAAAACUGAAAGAUUUAAAGAUGAAAAGAAUGAGUUAUAAAAAAAAAAUUAAAUGAACUGCAAAUUUUGCUUAAAAACAAGACUUUUUAUAAUUAUUUGUCUUUUCAUUUAAUUUAUUCACAUUUAAAUUCUCUCUCUCUCUCUCUCUCUCUCUCUCUCUCUCUCUCUCUCUCUCUCUCUCUCUCUCUCUCUCUCUCUGCUCCAAGAAAGUGUUCAUUAAUAUAGUAUAAUAAUAAUAAUAAUGAUGAUGAAGCUUUAACAUUUUUCCCCUCUUUGGACCGGCAAAGGUUCCUCAUUGAGCAAAAUUCUACAAAAUGAUAGAAUUUGUUGAUUUUAAAUGUUUUUCAAGAUGACUUUUUUUCUUUGUUUAUUUUUCAAGAGUCAGAAAGAUCGUUUAUUCAUCUUUUUAUCUCUCUUUUCUUCUAUUAAAAAUUAUGUUUUAAAUUCAAUGUGCCUUGAACUUACAAAAUUAACUUAAGGAAAGUUCUUUAAAUCUUUGGGCCUUGAAAUGUUGAACUUAUAGAGAGAGAAACUAACUUUUUCAGAAUUUAAGGACUAAAAAAAAAAAUUCAAUUUUUUUUUGUGCCUUAAACUUAAAGAGGUAGAGUUGAACUUAUAAAAAGUUUAACUUUUUGUGCUUUAAACAGUUCAACUUCAAAAAUACAAAAUAAACUUUUGAAGGGAAGACUAAAUCUUUGUGCCUUAAACUUGAAGUGAAAGAGAAAGAUCCGAACUUUAUUAUUUGGUUCCCUUCAAAAGUUUAAGUUCAAGGAAGGUAAAGGUUGAAAUAUUGGUGCCUUAAACAUGUCAAUGUUAAGAAUAACAGAUUGAUAUCAUAACAAAACUAUGAACUAUGAAAAUUUUGAAUUUUUUACUGAUAUUACAGUUUUAGUUAUUUAUUUGCCAGCUAAUGAGGAGGAGAAGAAAUGACAUAGAAUAGUAUAUGUUGGUGUAAUGCUGCAUUGCUGCCACAAUGACAAAGUAAUCGCUCCCGUGAGUCACUUGAAGGUGCUUAAGUUAAUCCUAUAGUAUAUGUACAGUCAUUGUAGUGUAAUAGUAAUGGUUAGUGAUAGACAGACAGUCAUUAGUUCUUACCUGUUGCUGUAAUGAAAUUUGUUGAAGGAAAGAUGAUUGAAAUAACAUUAUUGAAGGUUUGGCCGGGUAAUGCCCAGCAUCUUCAGACUAGGAGAGAUGGUCCAUUUGAAAACAAGCUUGAUUAAUACAAUAGAACCAAAGAAGAAGCAGAUAAGAACACACACAUGAACUUAUUAAUUGCUUGGCUAUUUUUGUUACUCUUGUUAUUUAACCUAACUGUGUAAUGGUUUGUUGUUGUGCCAAAGUUGUCAAUGUUUUAAUUGUAAGAAAGAAAAUACACAAAAAAUAAUAAAACACAAAUGCUAAUUAAUAAAGUAACUGUUUCA